GUCAGCAGCAGUCUUCAAGAUAGCAUCAUCAUCGCUCAGUAUCGUACUCUUGACUCUUGCUGUAUCUAUCCAAUAUUUAGGCGAUCUAUUGUCUACGCCCCCAUCAUACCAGGCACUCAUACACCAGCCAGCAGCCAUGACGGAGCUUGACCUUGCGACAAAGGCGCCAGAGAGCGAUGCGCAAGAGGACUCCUCGGUCGAUUCGCCGACGCAGUCAAGCCCGAUUAUGGGCGACCACGAGCACUGUGUAACUGACAGGCCUGCUCCCGCUGGCCAAGGACCAACCGGUGAAAUCAUCAAGCUGAAUGACAUCGACGUGUAUAUUUCAAAACCAGCCGACUAUCCUCAUGCGCCCACCCGCCUUCUUCUCUUUCUCACUGGCGGAACGGGCAUCAAGUCCGUCAAUAAUCAGAUCCAGGCCGACAAGUAUGCCGCCGAAGGCUUUCUCGUACUCAUGCCGGACAUGUUUGGUGGUGAAACAGCCCCAGGGGGGAAAGAGGCUUACGUUGCUGAUAAUUCGGUGUCCCUCCUGGAGCAAGUGAAGCUAAAGGCCGUGGAGAUUGCAAAAUCGUUCUUGAUCGACAUGUGGCUGGCGAGAGUGACUGAGGCCAAAAUCAUGCCGAUAUUACACAAGGUGAUUGAAGCGGCACACGAAGAAUAUUCUGAUGCUAUUAAGCAUGGCGAGGGCAUAUAUGCCGUAGGAUACUGUGUUGGAGGCCGUUAUGUCCUUCUUCUCGCCAAGGGAACGCAAGAGGGCGGUAAUGACGAGGAAUCUGGGAUGAUGAAAGCUGGGCCUUUUAUCAAAGCGGGAGCCUUGGCGCAUGCUGCAUCGGUGACUCCAGACGACUUCAAAAACCUUCAAGCACCGUUAAGUUUGGUGUGUGUCGAGAACGACGCCUUGUUCACCGAUGAGGUCCGAAAGGUAGGUGAAGACCUGAUGACGCAGGAUAACGUAGAGCACGAGGUUCAAGUGUAUCCUGGUGUACCGCAUGGAUUCGCGGUUGCGGGCCAGUAUCAGGAAUCAAAUAUUAUGGACGCCCAGGUCACGGCAUACGAGCAAAUGCUGAGAUGGUUGAAAGACCAUUGAUAUCACAACUUUCCAUUGUUAGCAUUGCACAUGUUGUGAUUUCGUCCUCUUUUCCUAUGUUUUUUUUUUCAUUCAGCAUACUAUAAGUAUUUUAUGACGCAGCAGAGGUAAUAAUACACCUAAAUUUCCAUGCUUAUGCUAUCGUGCAGAUAAUCUUGCCCGAGUUUUUAGCAUUUUCCAUGUGCUCAUGUGCCUCUUGGAUCUUGUCCCAAGGCAGCACCGAGUCAAUAAAGAUCUUUAGCUUAUGUGAUUCGAAGUCGGGAAUGUACGCCUCCAGCCUGUCUCUCAGCUUGCCCUGGUACUCUUCGUCACGGCUUCGCAGGGUGCUGCCCAAAACACGAAGGCGCUUGUAUAAGAUGACGCCAAUAUCCGCAUCAGGGGCCUUGCCUCCGCUCAUAGUGCCCAGGAGGAGUAUGCUGCCGUCCAUGGCAGCCACGUUGAGGUUCUUCUGGAAAUAAUCUCCGCCAAUGAAGUCGACAAUGUAGUCAACGCCCUUGCCGCCCGUCUUGGCCUUGAUCUCGCUAACCCAGUCCUGGGUCUUGUAGUUGAAUGCCGCGGUAGCGCCGAGCUCAGAGGUGAUGAAGUCAAUCUUCUCUUGGCUUCCUGCAGUGGCAUAGAUCUCAGACGCGCCGGCGGCCUUUGCGAGCUGGAUGCCCGCAACCGAAACGCCAGACGCUCCGGCGUGCCAGAGGAUGCUCUUGCCCUUGACAAAUCCAAGCACCAAGUGCAGCGCCUGGGUCGCCGUGAUCCAUGCCUCGGGAACGCCAGCGCACUGCUCGUGCGUCAGGCCCUUUGGCUUGUGCAGCAGCAUCUUUGUGCUGACGGCGAUGUACUCGGCAUAGGCGCCUCCGUAGGCCAGGCCAAAGACCUCGUCGCCGACUUUGAAGCCGUUGUGGUCGUCGGAACCAAAGGACUCGAUGAUGCCGCUGAACUCUACGCCGAGAGUCUUGGGGGCCUGAGGGGGCACGGGGUAGAAGCCGUUGCGCUGGAUAAUGUCCAUGCGGUUGAUGCCAAAGGCAUGGACCUUGACGAUGGCCUGUCUCGCAGCGGGGACGGGCUUGGGAGUGGCAUCGUUGAUGAAGAGAGCUUCCCGGGGACCUUUUCCGUCCUUGAUGUCAACUGCUCUCAUUGUAGCGGCCAUUUUUGCACUAAUUUCUUAUAACAGAAUAUAAGUUUCCUAUUCGCUGAUCGAAACUGAAUCUUUG